AUGAUUGGGUUCAGGAAUCCCAGUACUGUGUUGAGAUCAUUGGGCUUCCCAUCAAAUUUGUUGAAAUUGAAACCACAAGUACAACAUCAAUUAAAACCAUCAAGAUGUUUCAAUUCUUUAUCAAAAACUCAACAUCCAUCAAAAUUAACAAAUUUAUCAAUUUUUUCGAAUAACAAAUCAAUCUUAUUAAAUAAAUUCCAUUCAAAUAGAUUCUUAUCAACUUCAUCACCAUGGAAAAGUAUAUUAAAGGGUAAAGUCAGUUCCAAACCUGUAGUGGAUCAAUCUGAAAAAUUAUCACAAUUGAAAAUUAUUAAAGAUUUAUUAGCUUAUUUAUGGCCAAAGGAUAGAUUUUCAUUUAAAGUUAGAGUUGUCAUUGCAUUGUCUUUAUUAAUCUUAGCAAAAGUGUUGAAUGUUCAAGUUCCAUUCUUCUUCAAAUCCAUUAUUGAUGGUAUGAAUAUAGAUUGGACUAAUCAAGUUGGUACUGUCACGGCAAUUAUUGGUGGUACAAUCCUUGCAUAUGGUGGUGCAAGAUUUGGUGCUGUCUUAUUUGGUGAAUUAAGAAAUGCAAUUUUUGCAACAGUUGCCCAAUCUGCAAUUAGAAACGUUGCACAAACUACUUUCAAACAUCUUUUGAAUUUAGAUUUAGGUUUCCAUUUAUCAAGACAAACUGGUGGAUUAACUAGAGCUAUUGAUCGUGGUACAAAAGGUAUUUCUUAUGUUUUAACAGCAAUGGUUUUCCAUAUCUUACCUAUAACUUUUGAAAUUUCAAUUGUUUCAGGGAUUUUAACUUAUAAUUAUGGUGCAAAAUUUGCAGCUGUUGCUUUAUUAACCAUGAUGGCUUAUUCUAUAUUCACUAUAAGAACUACAGCAUGGAGAACUGGGUUCAGAAGAAAGGCAAAUCAAGCUGAUAAUCAAGCUGCUAGUGUUGCAUUAGAUUCCUUAAUUAAUUUUGAAAGUGUUAAAUAUUUUAAUAAUGAAGCUUAUCAGGCUAAAAAAUAUGAUAAUGCAUUAGCCAAAUAUCAAGAUUAUUCAAUUAAAAUCGCUACAUCAUUAGCCUUUUUAAAUUCUGGACAAAAUUUGAUCUUUACAAGUGCAUUAACUGCAAUGAUGUAUAUGGCUGCAGAUGGUGUUGCAACAGGUGCAUUAACCGUUGGUGAUUUAGUUUUGAUUAAUCAAUUAGUUUUCCAAUUAUCAGUUCCUUUAAACUUUUUAGGUUCAGUUUAUAGAGAAUUAAAACAAUCAUUAUUAGAUAUGGAAACUUUAUUUAAAUUACAAAAAAAUGAAAUUAAAAUUACAAAUAAACCAAAUGCAUUACCAUUAAACUUAACAAAAGGUGAAAUUAAAUUUGAAAAUGUUACAUUUGGUUAUCAUCCAGAUCGUCCAAUUUUAAAUAAUGCAUCAUUUACUAUACCUGGUGGUGAAAAAGUUGCCAUUGUAGGACCAUCAGGUUCAGGUAAAUCAACAAUUUUAAGAUUAGUUUUCAGAUUUUAUGAUAUUCAAUCAGGUAGAAUUUUAAUUGAUGGACAAGAUAUUCGUGAAGUUGAUUUAGAUUCAUUAAGACAAGCAGUUGGUGUUGUCCCACAAGAUACUCCAUUAUUUAAUGAUACAAUAAUUGAAAAUGUUAGAUAUGGUAAUUUAAAUUCAACAGAUGAAGAAGUUUCACAAGUUAUUAAAGAAGCUCAAUUAGAUAAAUUGAUUAAAGAUUUACCUGAAGGUUUAGAAACUAUAGUUGGUGAACGUGGUAUGAUGAUUUCAGGUGGUGAAAAGCAAAGAUUAGCAAUUGCAAGAUUAUUGCUCAAAAAAUCACCAAUUACAUUCUUUGAUGAAGCUACAAGUGCCCUUGAUACACAUACUGAACAAUCAUUAUUAAAGACUAUAAGAACAAUUUUUAAACAACAUGAAAAUACGAAUGUUAGUAUUGCUCAUAGAUUAAGAACUGUGGCUGAUAGUGAUAAAAUUAUUGUUUUAGAUAAAGGUACAGUAAGAGAAGAAGGUGAUCAUUAUUCGCUUUUGGCAAAACCAGAUUCUUUAUAUUCAGAAUUAUGGAAUAUUCAAGAAAAUUUAGAUCUUGAAGCUGCUGAAAAGGAAGAAGAAAAAGAAAAAGAGAAAGAAGAAACAAAAUAA